AUGAAAUUACACAACUUGGAGGAUUCUGGAUCCUUACAAGAUAUACAAUUAGAUAACACACAAAGUCAAAUUAUUUCGCAAACAUUGUCUCAAGAUAUAAAAUUACACGAAUCACCAGUACAAUGGGGAUAUGUAAUAGAUACAGAUUCAAAAUUGGAUAUAAAAUUACAAAAUUACGAAUCAAAACCAGCAACUAUAACUGUUAUCAAAAUUGGCGGUAUAGAAGAUUUAAAUCCAUUAAAUUUUACAAACCACAUGCCAACGACCAUGAAUCCCAUGCAUCAUCAGGUUGUUAUUCAAGACAAAAUGUUAGUUGAUCAAAUUCACCAACAAGCUGCAAUGGGUGUAACAAAAAUGAAAGAGAAACCAAAAAAGAAAUACACUCCACAAACAUUGACCAGCACUCCAGCAGUUGUUUGCCAAAAUUGUGAUGGCUCAUUUUCUACAAAAUAUCAAUUUCAACGACAUCAGUGUGAAUUUAAUGCAUCCAAAGUAAUUUUAAAGAGCGAAAUUCCAAAAAGACAAAUUGAAAAACCGAAGACAAAACAUGAAUGUGAUGUUUGUCAUAAAUCUUUUAUGACUGACCACAAUUUGGAUCGACAUCGAUUAUCGCACGGUGAUAAAAAACCAUUUACGUGUCAAAAUUGUGGAAAAGGUUUUGUCUUAGAAUCCCGAUUAAAUACGCACAUUGAAACGCAUUGCAAAUUAUCAACCGCUGAACCAAAACGAUUUUACAAGACAGAUCUCUCAGUAUGGCAGUGUUGGAAUUGUCAAUUGAUCACAGCAACAGAACCAAACCAUCUUAUUCAUAUAUGCGAUUUGACAAAUCCCACAUUUAUAUCACCAAAAGUAAUCAUACCAUUACAACAGAACCCAACAUUGAAUGAUGAACAUAAUAAAAUUGUUAAUACCAAUAAUACGUUCAUAUUUACGGCAAAGCAAGAUGAAAACGGUAUCGCAACAACUUUAUAUGAAAAUACACGAAUGGAUGUAUAUCAUGAUAAUAAUUUAACUACUACAUCAGACACAACAACCUCAAUGUUAUCAACUCAAAAUAAUUUCGAUGAAAAUUUUGAAAAAGCAAUCAAUGACGGUAUCGCGGUGGAUACGGUAUCAACAACAUCAUCUUAUGAAUCAACCGAUCCACAACUUGAUUCAACACAAGAGAGCAAUAAUAUAACAUCAACAACAAUGCUAUUACAAGAAAAACAAGAACAAUCACAUACAUUUAAAAUCAUAAGUGUUGAACAAUUAUUUCAAUGUGAAUAUUGUAAUCGUACCUAUGCGAACAAGGAUGUAUUAAAAGAACAUCAAAACUCACAUGGCACGGAUAAAAACUAUCAAUGUAUGUUUUGUGAUGAUUCAUUUGAUUCAUAUACAAAUGCAUUAAUUCAUUGGCAGCAUAAGUGUGAUGAGAAAACCAAUCUAUUUUGUUUACCAAAAAUUAUUAUCUGUAAAUUCUGUGAUAAAGGAUUUAAAUCGCAUGAAUUAUUAUAUGCACAUAAAUAUAAAUUAAAACAUUUUGUACCAAAGGUAUUUAAAGACGAUAGCAGUAUGCAAAUUGAAUCGGUAACAUUAUCAUCACAACAUGUUGAUUAUCAGCAACAAAAUGGUGAUGAAUUUACAACAUUAUUUGAUAAUUCGCAACAUGAUGACUGCAGUAACUCACAUGAUGAUGUUAAACCAAAUUUUAACAUAACAUACACCGUUGAUAAUGGAACUCAUCAUCAUCAUUUGUACACAGAAAUGCAUGAUCGUAACAAUGAUUUAGUGAAUUUUGAUAUGAAUAACAAUGUAGGAGGCUAUGUUGAUACAAUUACAAUUACAGAAUUUACAAAAAAAGAUAGCGAACAGCAUUUACAAUUAACUGUAGAUGAUACAAAUAAUAUACUACAAUUAAAUGAUAUAAUGAUGAUCAUAUUGAUAAUAUUCAUGAAAAUAUAUCACCAUUACAUGAUAAUUGUGCAAAUGAUUUAA